CGGUAAAAUACGAAAUCUGCAUUGAUAGGGCCCGGCCUUUAUUUAGGAAUUGAGUUCCUAUCUUUACGAUCCGUCAUGGCGAUCAAGAGCUCUUCUAGUAACGUGACAAGCAAGCGCAAGGAUGGGGACAGCAAGUUUUCCUCGCAACCCUCGAAGAAAAGUAAAGGAAGUGGUGCCAAACACUCUACAGUGCCGCCUUCUACAGUGGGUUCGAAACGUGCUGUUAAGCAGGAGCGACAGUCCCAGCGCAAGCACGCCGACGUUGUGAACGACGCCAAGCGGAUUUGGAAUCAACUGCGUCUCAAAACAAACACGUCCGGACAGAACCGUCAAUAUAUGGACACGCUCAUGCCCUUGAUUACGGGCAAGGCCAAUGAAAUCGCGUUACAGCACGACGCGGCGCGUGUCGUUCAAGCCGCGAUUCAGUUCGGAACGGUUGAAGAACGGCGUCUAAUAUUACAAGAACUGUGCGCGAAGCAAAACAACUUUGCGGAACUCUGUAAAUCUCAAUACGCACACUUUUGCGCUUUGAAAGCGAUCAAGUAUUGUCACAGCGACCCAGCCUCCGUGAAAUUGAUCAACAAAGCACUCAAAGGACAUAUGCCUAGAUUGGCUGUGCACGCCGUCGGAUCUCGGGUUGUACAGUCAAUUUUCAGCACAAUGACUCCAAAACAAAGUGCGGUGCUCAAGCAAGAGUUUUAUGGGCCACAUUUUGCUUUGUUUGCGCUGGACCUGCCACGAAAUGAUGCUGUGCCGACGUUGGCGACGAACAUAGCUGAGGCGCCGGAAAAGAAAGAAGCAACACUCAUAUUUGUACGCAACUUGAUCAAUAAAGGCAUGGAAAAGACUCUCUACGGUUUCACUUACUUUCAGGAUCUGUUUGCCGAGUAUUGCGAGGUGGCCGACCCGCGAGAGAUUCGCAUUUUGGCGGGCACGGCGGCCGACAACUCAAUUCAUCUCUUAUCUGGUCGCGCUGGGACUCGCGUGGUUGCUUCCUUGAUUUCCUAUGGCACUGCUAAAGAUCGGAAGCGCAUCAUGAAAAGCUUGAAAGGCUACACCAAGUCAGGACUACUGCAUCACGAUGCAUACCUAGCAAUCAUCCGUUUGGUUCAGUUGACGGAUGAUACAGUGUCUAUUCACAAAAACAUUUUCAACGAACUGCUCUUACCGAGCGAUAAAUCCGACGAAGAACUAUCUUGUCCACUUUUGGAGCUGGCGCUUUCCGAUACCGGCUCCAAACUUCUUUUAAUGCUUCUUGUUGCGGAUCCGGAAACAUUGAAGAAGUUUUUUGAUCCCUACGAGCUUUCGGUACUUUUCGAAAAUCCGACUGUGAUAGACGAUGGUCAAGAAGUUCUGACAAGCAAGAAGGAGCCAGAAAUACGACGAAAAGAACUCAUCAAGUAUCUUCGAGAGCCGUUAAUUGAGAUGUGCGCCAAAAGUGCGAAUGAGUUGAUCAGGUCUCGGCCGGGAGCUCUUGUACUUCGAGAAGUGUACCACUCGUAUCGACCGAUCUCGGUAGUUGAAGCGAUUGUUGGAACGUGCCAAGCAGCAUUGAAUCAGGAUUCCUCGAAAGGCGACGAAAAGGAUGUCCAGAAUUAUCGCCUCUUUGAAGAUAGAGAUGGACAUUUGGCAGUGAAGAAUCUUUUAUUGGCUGAUUCCGCGAAAGAAUCAGAGGCCAAGCUGGCGUCAGCUUUUUUCGAAACCUUCCAAGAUCGACUGAUGGAGAUUGCCCAAUCCAAUCGCGGGGCUUUCGUUAUUACAGCUCUUUGUAAAGUUUUGGCUGUAAGAAAAGGCGCUAUUUCCAAGUUGAAUCAAGCACAACUGAAAAAAUUGGCCGACGGCAAAGGUGCUACUGCGGGGUUUAAAGCACUAGUGAAUGAGAUGGAUGGCAAAUAGCUUUUCUGCGUAAUUUCUGCAUCGUAACGAUUACAUAUCAU